GAAGCAGUCGUUCGUACGUUGUUGCUAACUCGCUAACGUCUCAUGUUGAACUCUGUCGAGCAGUUAAAAUGAACAAACUGAAUAAACCUCAGGAGUUUGACUCGUAUGAGAUCGAGGAGCCGAGCGAUGAGGAGCGAGCUGAGAGCAGUUCGGAGGAUGAGCUGGACAUUCUGCUGAACGGGACGCCGCAGCAGAAGAAGAAGCUGAUCAGAGAGUAUCUGACGGGGGAGAGCGAGUCGUCCAGCGGGGAUGAGUUCGAGAAGGAGAUGGAGGCGGAGCUCAGCUCCACCAUAAAGACCAUGGAGGGAACCUGGGCGCCAUCGUCAGCAGAAACCUCAGGAGGAGGAGGAGGAGGUGGUGGUCCUGGACUUCCUAACCGUCAGGUGUAUGAUGAGGUGUAUUUUGACUCUGACUCAGAGGGGGAGGACACACCAGGCAGCUCCACCGGCCGGAGGCAGAGACAGCGGGUCAAAAUGACCAAUGACGAGCUGCUGUACGACCCCGACGAGGACGACAGGGACCAGGCCUGGGUGGACGCCAGGAGACAGUUUAACAGAAAGCCAACAGCUGCAGGUUCUCGCUCGCAGCCUCGUCAGUCUCAGGGUUUACCGAGCAGCGACGCCGUCCUCAACUGUCCCGCCUGCAUGACGACGCUCUGCCUGGACUGUCAGAGGCAUGAAAAGUACCGGACGCAGUAUCGUGCCAUGUUCGUCAUGAACUGCGCGGUGAAGAGAGACGAGGUGCUGCGCUACAAAACCCAGACGGAGCUGAAACAGAGGAGGAGGAAGAGGAGGAGGGGACAGAGAACAGACACGCCGCUGGACAAGACUCCCGACCCGACGCCGGCGGGGAUGGACGCCGAUGAGAUUUACCACCCGGUGCAGUGCACAGAGUGCUCCACUGAGGUGGCCGUGUUCGACAAAGACGAGGUCUACCACUUCUUCAACAUCCUGGCCAGCCACUGCUGAGACAGACACGCAGACUGUUUGUUUUAUUUCAUGGGUUUGUCUCUGAGUCUUCAGCUCACAGCAGCUUUAUCAGAAGGAUGAUGACCGCUUCUCUCUGACUGGAGGGGAGGAAUCACUCUGUGGUCGCUCUGAGUGAACCAGACUCAGCUCAUAAACACUCUGAAAUAACAACGUGUUUGGUCACUUCACUUAACGAGGAGAGAAAACUGCAGCAUGUUGUCUGUCUGUGACAUUUUUAUCUCCCUUUAAUGUCUCACGAAAACUGGAAUCUGAGACCAGUGUUGCAGCUCUGAUGAUCCGUACUGGACUGGACACACAGCAGCUUGAAUUUUGAGACCGAUAUGGGUAUUAAUAUUUGAGAAUUAAAAGGCUGGUUAGCAACAUAUUAACUGAGACCCAAUUUUUUUUACCUACACACUCAAACACAAGCAGUUUUGAAUAAAAGGUUUAUAACACUGCAGUGCAGUUGGAGGCAGAUAUUAAUUUUUAUAUUUUUUAUUUAUCAACAAAUAUAACCCCUCUUCCAUAAGCAGAAGCUGCUGUAUGAACAGACAAUGACUGACAGUACAGUAAAACAGAGAUGUAGUCAUAUAAAACAUGUCUUCAUUGGGAACGUUACAGUUGUUGACAUAUUCUGUUCUAUACAGACGAUGUGGUGGUGUUGGCCUCAUCAAGUCUGAGGCCACAGUUCUCUGCCAGAAAACAAGUUGGGAGAGUUAUUGCUGCAAGUGAAGGAGUUCAAGUAUGUCGGGGUCUUGUUCACGAAAGAGGGUAAAAUGGAGCGUGAGAUCAAUAUGCGGUUUGGUGCGGCGUCUGCAGUGAUGCAGGUGCAACACCAGACUGGUGUGAAGAGGGAGUUGAGCCAGAAGGUGAAGCUUUCGAUUUCCUGGUCCAUCUACGUUCCAACCCUCACCUAUGGCCAUGAGCUCUGGGUAGUGACUGAAAGAAUGAAAUCGUGGAGACAAGCAGCUGAAAUGAGUUUCCUCUGAAGGGUGUCUGGGCUCAGCCUCAAGAUCCUCCCUGCUGCCCGCAUCAGCUGGCCCCAUAUCAGUGGAAGAAAAUGGCUGGACAUUUACUGUACACCAAAAACUCUACAAGUGUCUAAAUAUCUGCUUACAAACACAUUAUGGGGAGUUAUUAAAUGUUUGUACACUGCUUAUGAAUGUUAGACGAAAGGGGGUUAAAUGGGGUUAAAAUGGUACUGGCCUGCUAAGAUUUUUUGAAGAAGAAGAUGAAAAGUUGUGAGCAGGGUGUGUCCUCAGAGGGACAUUUUGCGGUUGUAAAUAAAA